CGUCGAUCGUCACACUGUGCCAUCAUGUCUGUAUUGAGAUCAAGAGCAUUGACAGCAGCAGUGUGGUCGAGGCCACUGGCAGUCCGUCAACUACAUAUUACCGUCAUCCGACGGGCAGACCCAUAUGUCUUACCUCUUGAUCCUUCUUUGAAUCAAGCCUCUUCCUCGUCAUCUAGUACGGAGCCAUUACCGGAGCAUGGUGAAUGGCCGCUUCCACAACCAUUAGAUCGAACUGGUGAGGAUGAGAAGACUAUCAGGGCUAGACUGGUGUAUCAGAGUCGAAAAAGAGGCAUGUUGGAAGGCGAUCUGUUGAUUAGUACGUUUGCGAGGGAUCAUUUGGGAAGUAUGAGCCUGGAGCAGAUGAGGGAGUUUGACAAGCUUCUCGACGAACCGGAUUGGGACAUUUACUACUGGUCAAUCGAAAAGCGAGAGCCUCCAACGCGGUGGAAGGAUACUGAACUGCUUGCAAAACUCAGGCAACACGCCCGAAACGAGGGCAAAGUCGUCAGAAAAAUGCCUGAUUUGAUGCAGGAGGAGCCUCAGCUUUGAGACACAUGCUUUCAUCAGUGCAUAGCAGGAGCGCAGACUUCUUGCAUGAUGGGAAGCGCUUGCUUUUCGUAACAUGAUUACAACGGAUGCAGCAGAUGCU